AUGAAAUCACUUCAUCUGAUACAGUGGAUUCAUAUUUGGAAUACAAUGAUCGGUGUAGUGGUCUUUGGCACAUUAAUCGGAGUGUCUAAAAACAUCAAAGUAUUCAUCGAUAGUGGAUCAAAGCUAGCAGGUUUCGGUAUGAAAGUAAAUAAGACACCUAUUUCUAUUGAUUUAUUGACACUGUCUUAUGUAGGAAGCUUUACAACAUUUGCAUACCCUGCCACCUAUGUUUUCAUGCUGAUACCUACGAUUUGUAGUAUGAUCUAUAGUGCCAUUCUCGCUUUCGAUUCCAGCCCAAAUUACAAAGCUUGGUCUCCUUCUAAAACCUUGCGGAGCACCAUUAUUUUCUUUACAGCGGCCUUAUGGUUUGCCGCAUUGCUGCCUGCAGUACCGGGAGCUGAUGUCAUGACAGACGGCUCCGCCAUGAGCUGCAAUUGGACAAACUAUAUGCAAUGGAAAAUUCAGUUCAAUGAUCCCAUCACAUACCCUUGGGUUACUGGCAUGGACAACGCUUGUUCCAUUUUAAAAGCAUCGGACGGUAUGUGUUGGGUCUUGUUUCUUGGUUGGCUGCUUCAAUCUUAUUUGUACAUGCGUGCUGCUCAUCGUGCUCGAUCUGUCCUUAACAAAUAA